AUGGUUUCGACAUUCAACCUAGCGAUUCUCCCACGAAAAGAAAAUGGAACAUCGAGAAUCAUCUGUUCAAAGAGCACAGGCUUGUCGAUCUGUCCGGGAAGAGGGGGCGCCCGCUCUUGGGAAAGGAACCAGGACAAGACCCCGUCAAAGAAUAUUGUGGAGAUGUUGAACCUCAAUGCUUCAGACCCCAAAGAGCAAGGUAUCGCGAACGCCCUCAUCCAGCGCUUCGAUAAGGACCAUUUUCAGAGACUUCUUCUCGAGUGGGUGGUCGACGCCAACGUCUCCUUUCGUCAGCCCGAGCACUGUCGCCUCCGACAUAUUUUCGAAUACCUGAAUCCAUCGGUCGCAGUGACGAAUGCCCACAUCUCGCACGAUACCGUUCGAAAGCGAAUUGUUGACCUUUAUACCCGAUACAAGACGUGCGUAAUCGACAAUCUAAAGAGCACCCGGGCCAAAUUCACAUUGCGCAUGCCGGAGCUGAAGAUCUCACACUCGGGAGAAAACAUUGCAGCCCAGAUCCUCGAGAUCCUAGAGAGCUAUGAGAUCCUCGACAAGGUGGGCUAUAUUACACUGGACAACGCUGGCAAUAUGGAUACGGCGACAGAGGAGAUUGCAGAGGCACUGGGCUUUGAUCCGAAGAAGCGGAGGGUGCGAUGCUUCGGCCACGUGCUCAACUUGGUGGUCAAGGCGCUAUUAUUUGGACACAAGGCCGACGCGUUUGAGGCAGAGAUUAACGGGGAGCCUGUUCUUGACGCGGUCCAGCAUGAAAUCUGGCGAAAGAAAGGCCCAGUCGGAAAGCUCCACAACCUAGUAAAUUGGAUCCAUCAGUCCGAUAAGCUGACGUACCGGCUUCGUGCGCUUCAGGAAGAGUCCUUUCACAGUCGGACGACCCCAAGGUUCGAGCGAAGAACCCUGUGGACGUUGUCCUUGAUAACCUUACUCGUUGGCUUUCGACUCUUUAUAUGA